ACAAUUGGUAUUGGUGGGUAGGGAAUGUUUGGUAAUGGGUAGGAACAUGGAAUGCUUGAUUGUUGGGCUGCACGGCCCUAUGACUGUAUAAUGAGAGAUUGGGAGUUGAAAAGCCGGUGAUAGAAUAUUUUGAAGCAGUUGCUAAAGUAGCUUUGGAAAUGGAUUGUACUGAGACCGGGUUUACCCUAUAUAGAGUUCGGUUUGAUCAUUUAACUAAGAAUUUGGUUUAGAUUAUCUCUGCAAAUCGAAAAUUAUAAAAUUUGAUUGAUCCGGUGGUCACACAUGGGUGAUGGGUUUUUAUCAAAAAAAUUUAUAAGUUACAGGUGGCAAUUAUAUACAAAAUGACUUAAUUUUUUAUUUAUACCAUUUUCUACGGAAGUUAACUCUUGUUAUGUAUGACAUUACCAAUGUUUUUAGAUAGUUAAUUUUGAGGGAGAAUGUUCAUUAAGAAUUAAAUAUUUUAAAGAUAUAUUUAUUAAAUACGAAAAAAUAGCGUAUAAGUUAAUAUAUUAAAAUUAAUUUAUAAAAAAUAUAUAUAUUAAAUUUAUAAUAAUAUUUAACCUUAAACUAUUAUGUCUUUAACAGUUCUCAAACGGGCCGAGCUUGAAAACCCUAUAGAAAAUUAAGAGAUCCAAUCUCCAGGCCUCAAGCUUGGGCAAAGGCUAUGAAUGGGAGGUGGCUUGCUGACAGGUUUCCUCUAACCUUUGUUACAAGUAUUUGGCAUUACAAUUGAACAGAACAAUACUAACAGUGUGUUUAGUAUUUGGAUGAAGUGAGAAACAGGUUUUAUAAAGUAAGGUAAGGUAGCAAAACUUUUCUAAUCUACCACUUUGAUGGGUUGAAAAAGUGAGAAUUUUAAAAAUUUUAAAAUCUCUGAAAAUUUUACCCUUUUUAAGAAACAUUUCUCUCAAACAAGCAUGAUAUUUUAAAAACCUUAUGUCUUAUCUUUAAAAACUUCUUCCCAAACAAGCUCAGCACAUGUCUAUCUCCUUCCCCCUCCCCCUAAUGAGGAAACAAAAACUAAUGGACGCAAAACAAGUGGGUACCUGUCUAAUCCACGCAAAUGUAAAGUGGAGAAAAUGGAUGGAAGUGUUGACUACAGCAAUUGAAUAAUCUCUUUUGGACUUCGGCCCUGGUAUGACUAUCGUCUGUGGAGGUGAACAACUGCGCAUGGCCCAGUUUCUGAGAUUUCUCACUUGUGAUUCAAACACACAAGAGGUGAAUAGUACUUGAGGGUGAUGCAUCAAUACAAAUGGACAACGUUAGCUUCCUAAAUCUGAGGCAAUUUGACCAAAAUUCUAAUUAUGUAACUUGAAUUACUAAUUAGUAAAUUAUGAAAAUGAAAAAGAAGUGGUUGGGAAUCAGUUAAUUGUAGUAGACAAGAAAACAGAUAGAACUUUCAGAGGGUGUUGUUAUUAGUAGGUUGUCUUAUCUUAAAUGGGCAAAAGGCAAAUCAUACCAUAGCGCUAUCCCAUGAAUUGACAAAAAAAAUUUUUGUAGCUCUAUCAUUACAUGUGAAAUGCACAUGAAAUAAGUACAGGAACUCACACAUAUGAUCACACAACCCACUUGCCUGUGUCUGAGGAACCGGAUAUGCAGCCCCCUGGUCAUGACCUCACCUAGCCUAGUAGCCCCCUACCCUUCUCCCUCCUCAUUGUGGCAAUGGAGUUGUCUCUAUCGAUGUCGGUUCGAGCCACGCCCAAGAGGUCUAUGUGGCAGUCAUUGUGGCAAUGUGGACACUGUUCAUCACCAUCAGGCAUCCACAUCAUUCCAACCAAGAGUGGGGUUAAUCAAAGCUGGUCUUAGCCAUUUCCAGCAUGUCUACACAAUGUGGGGUGACCUCAAAAGGACAUUGUCCAAAUUUUCAGGGGCUAAUUACCCUAAUAAGGACCCAUAUAGGGCAAAGGUAAUUUUAGCUCCAGAGGCAACAGAGGGUGGGUUUCACUGUCGGUGGGUGGUAGGGCUUUCUGCUUGGGCUAAUGGUGCUCAACCUCCUCAUCCUCCUUCCUUCCUUCCAAAAGCCCUAUCUUUUCAAAAGUCAGCUUCUAUUGCUAUUAUCCUGAAUGGGGCUCUCCUUGCCAUGCCAUUGCUGUCUAGCUUCUUUUUGGGAUACCUGUCAUGACAGAAGGCAAUCAAAAUGGAACAGCCAUAUAUAACAAAACAACAAAAGCUUAGCUACUCUUUUCUUUUCUUUUAAUUUCUUGAAAAUUAAACAAUUUCUUCUUCAUCUUUUCAUCUUUCAAAGAGAUGGGUAUGUGUUUUUUCUGUCAGGAAAAUUAAAUAAGUGGGGAGAAAAGAGCACUAAUUAAAGAUUGCGACUUAUCAUCAGGUGGCCCAUCAUGUGAAGAUACGAAAUUCAUUCUCAUUCAUAUGAUAUGUACAUGUAUAUACAUACAGAAUUCUUUUUAUUUUUUUUGAAUAUUAGAAGGAAAUUAAAGGAAGGUCCUGCAUGUCCUCAUGGUAGGGUAAGGUGCAUGAUGAGAGAAAAAACCAUGUAGGUCUGGAUUCAUGUAAGCUUGGAACAGGACAGGUUCUGUAAUAGAAGCAUGUGCUUACGCAGAAUCGGGACAGGCAUAAAUUAGGAGGAUAGGAAGCAACUGUCAUUGUCUAUCCCAUAUUGCAAUGUAUUGGUUUGAUACAAACCAUGAGAAUAGGGAAACCUGAAUUUAUUGCUGCCCACUGGAACCUUCAAUAUUUCGUCUAUACCUCUCACUGCCUGCUUGUUAUGAUCUGGAUCCUCUUGCUUUAACUCCAUCAAUCCCAUAUCACUUGAAAGCUCAAUGUCCCUUGUCCUCUUUUACAAAAUUUCCUUUUCUUUUUUUACCAUUUUCAUUCAUUUUUUGCAAUUUGAAGAAUAGUAUACUCUUUUAAUGUUUGUCAUAUGAGACCUUUUC